AUGUCAAGGAUACAACAGAAUAAAAUAAGAAUAAAACACCAUUGUUGUAAAUAUGUUCUUCAAAUUUUUCAAUCAUUUACUAUCCUAAUCUUCCUUAUUAAUCAUGUCAAAGGCAACAUUUCAUUUUCUAAAGACGGAACAAAUUCGGAAACAAACGGGUUAAGAAGAUACAGCAACGAGGAGAUUACUAGAAUUUUCGAUUUAAAUAAUAUAAACAGACACAGAAUGAGAAGAAGCACUGAUCUCCGAUUGAUUUCAGCAAGUGCUGAAAAUGGUGGUUCAUUUCCUUGGAAAAAGCGCUAUUACGUUACUAGAUGGCAUAGAAGACGAUUUGUCCCAACUGUCAAUUCAAGGGAAGAUGGAUCUCUACUCACUGCCGUUGAGCUUGUAAGUUCAAUAUUUUUAAAAAUUUUACCAUUAAAUCCAAUAUGGAAAAAAUUCAUUUUAAAGUCAACAGUGCCUCGACGAUUAUGUGGAAUAAAAUUAACGAACAGAACCAGGGAACUAUGUGGCGAGUAA